UUCAUUGUGGACUGUGUGAAUAAAAGUACUCUUUUAUCUCCAAAUAUUUUUGUGGUAGCUUGAAAAAAAAAGAAACGCCAUCCAGUAUCUUUCCUUGGUUGCAAGCCUUACCUUUUAUAUUGUUUCGCGUCAUGGCACCAGUAAAUAAAGCGGGAUUAAGCGAAUAUGAAUUGCAAAGAAUCAAGAACCUGGAGGAAAACCGACGUAUCUUGGAAAGCAUCAGACAAGAACAAAUCUACACCUAUGGUGAUAUAAAACCAGUUAAACAAACAAAAGACAAAAAAAUUUCUGGUCAAGAGGCUCAGCGUAAAAAGGCAGCUGUUAAAACUGAAUCCUCUGAUGGUAAAAAGGAUAACUCUGAUGUUGAAAAUUCUGGUAUUGUGAGAAGGAAGUCUUCAAGGCUGUGUGGGAAGAAGUUUAAGAUGUCAUGGAGAAAUGCUGAUAAUGGUGGAGAUAAUUCUGAUGACGAAGACUUUGACGAAGCCAAGUAUGAUGAUACAUGCUCUGAUGAUGAAGACUUUGAAGGGCCCAAGAAGAAAAGACGUUCACAGCCAAAAGGACCCAGAGGACCCAAAGUAAAGAUUGUCAUUCCCAAGAACCGUCCUAACUUUUAUGGUGCUGUACCAGGUGUUGAGGUGGGAAGAGCUUGGGAAACCAGAAUGGCAUGCUGCGCAGAUGGAAUUCAUCGGCCAACUGUUGCUGGGAUUCAUGCCGGUCCUGAAGGCGCAUAUUCGCUUUCACUUUCUGGAGGCUAUGAAGACGACGUCGAUAUUGGAGAAUGUUUUACCUACACAGGUGAAGGAGGGCGAGCUCUAAAAGGAACUGACUCGGACCCCAAGAACUUGCGUACAGCACCGCAGAGUAAAGAUCAAACAUUGACGCGUGGAAAUCUGGCUUUGUCACUUAACAUUACAACUCGCAAACCUGUACGAGUCAUUCGCGGAUCUAAUCUGAAGAAUGAAUUUGCGCCUGAAUACGGAUAUCGAUAUGAUGGUCUGUAUACGGUUGAAAAGUAUUGGCAGUGCGUCGGCAAAUCUGGAUUCAAAGUUUACAAAUUUGCUUUAAGACGUUGUCCUGAUCAGGCACCACCUCCCUGGGUGUCUGGCGUUGUAUCUUAUGCCAAUGCAGCGAGCUCCGCAGAAGAGGAAGGAGAUGAAAUGGACGAAGAUGAGGAGCAGAAACCAACAGUUCUCAAAGUGAAACUGUUCAACAAAUGAUAUCUUGCCAUAACCCUUCCUUGGAUUCUAAUGUAAUUAUUUAUACUAUUCAGCGAUGAAGUUAAUAACUCGACAAAUAUUUUUAUAGUGUUCUGAUUAUUAUGUGGUGCAUGAUU